CAAAAAGCCACGCAUCCCGCAGCCGCAGGAUUCACCCGCUUGCCGAGCCUGCCAUUGCUCGUAUCGGUGCCUGGCAAAGCACAGCUGGCCACAGCACACGCAGCUGCUAGCAAGGCGUGCAAUUGAGGCGCCAUCGCUGCCUAGCUUGCAAGCUACCUAGCAAAAGCAGCAGCGAGACGCCAUCGCAGCAAGACGAGACGCGUUUUAUUCAUCGUCCUCGGCGUCGCGGCGACCCCAUCACCACGCAACCACAGAACCAUGGCCAAAAACGGAGGCGAGGUCUGGACCGCCGCCGGCAAGAGCCAGGACGACUUUAUGCUUAAGGAUGAAUGCAUUCUGCUGGACUUCGCGGACAACGUGAUCGGCCACGACAAUAAAUACAACGCGCACAAGUGGGUCGUCGGCCAGCCGCGGGGCAUGCUUCAUAGGGCCUUCUCCGUCAUGUUGUUUGACAAGUCGGGUCGAUUGUUACUGCAGCAACGCGCUUCUGAUAAAAUAACGUUCCCCGACGUCUGGACGAACACGUGCUGUUCGCACCCUUUGUAUGGCAUGGCGCCCAGCGAAGUCGACCAGCCAGAAGCUACCCUCAAGGGCCAACCUGUGGGAGUCUUCCACGCGGCCAUAAGAAAGCUAGGCCACGAGCUCGGCAUCUCAUCAACAGAUCUGGACGUGAACAAGUUCGCCUUCGUCACGCGGGUCCACUACGCGGCCGCGGACGUCGUCACGCAUGGUCCCGACGCGCCGUGGGGCGAGCACGAGAUCGACUACUUGCUGUGCUACAAGCUCGACAUUGAUGGUGAGUCUUUAUCCAUGAAACCGCAUCCGGAGGAAGUGCGAGCCACGCGAUGGGUCACGAAAGACGAAUUGUUUCGAUUGAUGGACGAGAAAAAGGAGAUGCCGCUGUGGUCGCCCUGGUUCUGCAUAAUUGCGAGAAAGUUCCUGGAGACGACGUGGUGGGGCUCGUUGAAAGAUAAGAAGGCCGUGGUCAAGACGUGCAAGGACUGGGCGACGAUUCAUAGGUUUGAUUGUCCGGACCACCUGGCGGUCGACGGCGUCGGCGGCGGCCAGGGCCAUGCGACGCCGUUCCUCGACGAUCUGGAGAAGCAAGUGCGCGCGGCACCGAAGAAGGAGGCCGAGAUCCUCAAAUCAGCUUUUAGGAAGGAGAUGCUGAACGACAUCGCAACUACAACAUCAGUACACGGUCGCAGCGGUUCUUCGCUGAAGCAGGGGGCAUACGGGAAGGUGCGAUCUCGGCGUCCCGCGGUUCCGCGGUGCCUUCACGCCAUCGAUGCGACUCGUGUCCACCUCACGAUGCCGUGGGUCGUUUCUUUUUCGACUUUGGGGCCGUUCGGACCGCGUCGAACGACCGCGAUGCUCCGCGCAGGUCCCGACGCACUCGCACUCGAAGUUAGAUCAACUCCUGAGACCGAGGGAGGUCAUUGCUGCGUUAACACUGAAAUUCGCGCCGAAACUAGCUGGAUUGAGAGAUAAUUUGGGAGGCUCUACGAAUGAGGACGUGCGUUUUUGCGACGACAUGCUCUGCAAAGUCUCUAGAUCGUUCGCUGCCGUGAUUCAACAAUUGCCCGCAGGGUGCUGCAUCGACAUCUGCGUCUUCUAUUUAGUACUACGCGCGUUAGACACCGUCGAGGACGACAUGACGUUUUACGCCGGAAAUGAGGGAAAGAAAGAGCAGGAGCUGCGGGCCUUCGCGUCGACGCGGUUGCUGAAUGAUAGUAUGGAGCCCAUCCGAGGCUGCGGCGAAGGUGAUGAGAGAUUACUGUUAGAAAACUUUGGAGCGGUGGCGCGCGUCUUUGCCUCGCUGCCGAAGACGUCGCGAGACGUCAUCCAGGACGUCACCCAAAAGAUGGGCGACGGCAUGGCCGACUACGUGACGGCGGAACUGGCCCAGGGUACGCAAGAUACGGCGGCGUAUAACCUGUAUUGCCACAAUGUCGCUGGUUUAGUAGGUGAAGGGCUGACCGGUAUCUUUGUCGGGAGGGAGUACGAAAGUCGUUCGAUAGAAGCUGGUGGUCAAUUAACGUGGCCCUUCUGCUCUGGUGAGAACCAUCUAGGCCUCGCGAACAGCAUGGGCCUCUUCCUGCAGAAAACGAAUAUUAUCCGAGAUUACCUCGAGGACUACGUCGACGGGCGGGCGUUCUGGCCGCGGUCCGUGUGGACGAAGUACGCUACGAUUGAUGACUUAGGGGACUUUACAAGGCCAGCCGCUCGCGGCGGCGGCGAUGCGAAGUGCAUCGACACGGAUCAUGCGAAGAGUAUAGUGACGAAGGGCGCAUCUCACAGAGCCUUGCAUUGCCUCAACGAUUUGGUUGCGGAUGCUCUCGAGUUAGUACCCGAUGCUUUGGAAUACUUGUCAAGGUUGAAAACCCCGGAGGUUUAUAGAUUCUGCGCGAUCCCCCAGGUUAUGGCCAUCGCUACUCUCUACGAGUGCUUCGACAACGAGGAGGUUUUUACUGGAGUUGUUAAAAUAAGAAAGGGUACCGCUGCUAGACUGAUCGUCGACACGCAAAAGGGGCACUUGACGACGUUACAAACCUUUAGGAGAUACGCGUUGUUGCUCCAGAAGCGUUCGUCGACGUGCCGCGCGCCUCCCCAUGUUCAGCAGCGCGUGGCCGAUGCGGCGGCCGCGAUUCUGGAAGCGACGCCGGCGCCGUCUCUUAUACAGAGGUACGGUUCUACAAUCGUCGCGUUGGCUGCCGUCGGGGCCUACGCGGCGCUCAACUAAGACCUUUUACUACA